GGCAGCAACAGGGUGUAUGAAGGAGAUUGCGGGUCACUAAUAGCAACGGCCGAGCGUUCGGGCCAUCGACAGUGUGGAGAGCGCGGUUUCGCGACAUCAACCGGCAGCGACGGCUGGCGUGCGGGUCGCCAGGAGUUGCCCUAGCCGGAAGCGGGGCCCAAGGAGCGAGGCAGGACACGCCAAGCGAACGGACCCUGCCAACUCGACCAGACAUUGCCUUUCAGCCCCGGCCCCCCUGGGGCUGGCGGCCGAGGUCGGAGAUUCUAUGAAAAAUCUGUCAAGAAAUAACAUGGAUUCCCAGAAUGGAUACAGUGAUGAAGACAACUCAGGAAAUUCAGAAGUUGGAAGGAGUCUAUGCUCAGGAGCAAGCACACAAAGAAAGUUUGUGACAAAUGGCAAAAAAGAAAAUAAAAGCAAACCAACUCAGCUUACUGGGAGUACUAUGAGAGAUCAUGAAAAGACUGAAAACAUGGACUAUGACAAGAGUAGUGACUCUUAUUAUUCAGAUGACUAUGAUAAUUCUUCAUAUAUGUCUGAUUCUUAUUGCUCAGAAAACUCCAGAUCCAGAACACCAAGUCCAAGGAGAAAGGGACAAGUAAAACAAAAGGUUAGCAGUUAUAUCCAUGAUCGAGCUGUUGGGAAAUCUGGUGCCAGGCAACCAGCUAGCCAUGGGAGUCGUCGAUCCCGGACACAGAGAUUAAACAAAGAACCUGUUUCUAAAGACAUAGACUUGGUGACUAAACGCAUGUUAUCUGCUAGGUUGCUAAAAAUUAAUGAGCUUCGAAAUGAGGUUACUGAGUUGCAGGGUAAACUGGAGGAUUUACAGAAGGAAAACAAAGUACUAAAGCGCCUCCAGUACAGGCAGGAGAAAGCUCUUAGUAAGUUUGAAGACACAGAAAAUGAGAUCUCAAUGCUCAUAUCUCGACACAACAAUGAAGUCCGUAUACUUCGGGAAAGGCUUCGAAAAUCACAGGAAAAAGAGAGAGCAAUGGAGAAACAAUUGAAAGACACAGAGGAAGAACUUCAUCGAACAAAAAACUCUCUGCUGAAAUUAAAGAAACUUUCAGAGGACAAACAUUUGAUAGAGAGAGAUGAAUUGGCCCAGAAACUUGCUAAAGCUGAAAUCAAAAUGGAAAACAGUGAAAGGAGAAUUAAGGAUCUGCAGAGAAAUUUAGAGUUGACCAACAACAGUUUCCUUAGACAAGUGACUUCUGAACGCAAGAAGGCGCAAGAAGCACAGGAAGAUAUUCGGAAUCUCCAGGAGGAAAUUCAGCGCCUUGGUCAAAAACUAAAAGAGAAGGAAAAGGAGCUUGAUGUGAAGAAUAUUUAUGCCAAUCGUAUACUGAAGUCGUCACCAAAGAAAGAAGGUGAAAGCACACCUAAGAGAAAAGCAACACCAUCUAGUACGGUUAAAGGAGUACAGACUGAAGAAUAUUUCUUGCCCUCAGUAUUUCCAACUCCACCCCGAACAACAGGCGGUGAAGAAGAAAUGAGGAUAAGAGGAGACUGUUCCCAAGCGAUACAAGAACACCAUGACAGAGAGACUCUGGGAUGGACAGAAUGUCUAAGACAAGAGGAGAUACAAGAAACUGUGCAAGAAUCGGAAGAGAAGCUGAAAAGAGAAGAACAACAACACAGGUUGGAGUUAAAAGUGGAGAAGCUCAGGGAAAGUAAGGAAUGGGAGCAGGAAGAGCAAGAAAGAAAAAGUGAGGAGAAAGAAAAAGAGAAAAAGAAAGGAACAAAAUUAAGAGAAGAAGAACAUGAAAACGCAGAAAAAAUGGAUGAAAGGCGUAAAAAAGAAAUUCUGUUGGCAAAGAUGCGAGAGAUCGAUGAAGAAACCAGUGGAAAUUCCUUGUUUUCUCCACAUGAAAAUACUUCAUACACAUUUUCCAUUGGCAACCACUCCCCAGAAAGAUUACAGAAAAACAGGAACUUUCCAGAGUCGGGACAAACACCAGCAGAGACUUAUGGUCGUAGAAUCUACAAGGCCACAGAUAUAGGUAAUGAGCUGAGUUUUGGUACGUAUGCACCCUCCUUUGGGAAAGGAAAUGGGAGAAUUGGACUUGUUAUUCAGAAGGGCAGUAACAAAGAGGAACAAACUAAUGGUUAUUUUGACAUUCCUGUUAAAGACAAAAAGUCUAAUUUGAUAGAUCAGUUGUUUGGUUCUGGGAGUGGUGUUAGAUUCACCUCCAAGGAGGAUGAUGUACUAUUGAAUCCUAUACAGAAGUCUAAUUGGAAUAGCAACCCCUUCCCUUGGGAAAAAACAAGCUUGCACACAAGGAAAAAUGAGAUGGGUGAUCAUGUCUUUACUGAUGCUAUCACCAGUUCCAAUCGUCACCGCUCCAAGUACACCUCAGUGAAACCAGCCAUAAAAACAAUUGAUUCUCCUGAGGAUGAAAUAGAAGAGGUAGUAUUGUGAAAACAGAAGUGUUAUAAUGUUAUUUACAUAUGGAGCCUUCCCACAGAAAACAGUAAUAUAUUCAACACUACAUCUACAAACUUUCCAAAGUGAACUAACUCAGUGAUUAGUUUAGCUCAGAUUGUUAAAAGGUAUUUGUAUCAAAAUAUAAAAUGUUUAUCUUUGUUAUUUAAAAAGUUUCUGAAUUAAUGAUUUAUAUAUGCCUGUCAAUUGUAGGCAUAUUGAUCUAUUUUGUGAGUUUACAGUUUAUUUUCUAAAUUGGCCUAUAUCCCACAUUCACUCACAGUAAGCCUGUGGUAACAUUUCUGUAGUCACAUGAUUCAAUAUCCUCUUGUCAACACCAUCUUUGUCCAUCUGCAAGGGAUGACAAAACCAUAGAUGGCUCUCUGUUUUCAAGUGUUUCCAUGAGCCUCUGAUUAAUAUUUAAAUAUUUCUAUGAUUUUUAGAAAUUACCAACAUUUAUAAGUUUACUUAAAUGCAUAUUUAAAUUAUAGCAAUAAUUAGAUUAUAAUAAUUAAAAUAAAAGUUUGAGAAAAUAGCCCACCUAAGCUUCAAUGCUUAAUUAAAUGACGUUAUACUGGAUACAGUAGAUACAGCUACUGCAAAGCUGAGGGAACAGAUGUGAAGUGAAUCAAAUCUCUCAGCUCAGGAUAAUAUGGCAUGCCCUUAUAUUCAAUAGAAUCCAAGGGUAGAAUCAGAGUUAAAAGCACUGGCCUAGAAGUGUAGUGCCCAUAUGCCAGCCUUUCUCUGAACCCCUGGCUAGUGAGCUUCAUCUGACCAAUUGUUCUUUUGUUCCAUUCUAUGGAAAACGGUAUUGGCUUCUAUUCUUUCUCCUAUUUUCAUUUUUGUUGGAUAUUAGUUUUAAAGGUUUGCUGGUAUCUGUUUGGCAAUUAUUUUAAUUCCCCAGUUUUAAUUGCCUCUGACUGUAUAUUGUAGGUUCACAUUCACCUCUGCUCCAUUGCUGAAAUUUAUAGCUCAGAGAUAUCCUGUGUCAAUACAGUGAUUUUUGUGUAGCAUAAUCUGUUCUGCUUUGGCCUCAAGGAGUCUCCUGCAGAUCCCUGAAGAAGGGUUCUAUCAAAUGUGCUCUGAUCAAGAUGAUUCUGUGCAUCUCUACUCUGUCCACUUCAAAACUAACAGUAAGCUUAGGGAGACAAAUCAUCCUUUACGUGUUUUUCGGUGUUUGUGCCUUCUCUGGGUACAAGCUCUGAUGUACCAUCUAGGAAACCUAUAAUCUGAACAACGUUGUGUGGGUAGGGAAAUGAUGGAAUAGAACCAUGUCUGAAAACUGAAAUAAUCUGUUGCCAAGUUAUAGCGAACAAAUCAAUAAGGAUGCACUUAUAUUGUUAUGAAUCAAUGAGUUCAUUGGGAUCUUACCAUUUUGGGUUCAGGUCUGAUUGCUAUGGCAAUAUCUACUUGAAGGUUAUAUUGAAAACCUCCAUAAAUAAUGUUAGGCGUUUGAAUUAUUGAAGAAAGUUGUAACUAUUAAUUCCAGAGCAGGUAACAGAGGAAAUAAAAAUGUUAGGGGAAUUUUAUACAAUGACAAGUAGAUACAAAAGACAAUACAGAUACAUCAAAUGAACAGUUUAUUUGUCAUAAUAAUUUCAAUCACUAUCCUACACUACAUGGGUAAGAAAAGUGAGAUUAAGCAAAUUUAGCCCCUAAUCAGUAAAUUCUAGUUAACUCUGAAUUGUUUGCCAGGUAAUACCGUAGAGGCCACUGUGAUGUAAGGAGUAUUUUAACUGAAAGCCUUCAUUUAAAUGAAUGAAUGAAAAAAUAUAGCUUGAUCAUCAGUUUCUCUGUUUCUCAUCCCUUUUCUUGUGGUCUACGUAUCAGUUGUAGUAUAAUGUAUUUUCAAGGUGGAAUAAACUUCCAAUUGUUAGUUCGUUCUUGAUAUGAAAUAUUUAAGUUCACUGACCAUUAUAUCAUGCUAUCUACAAUAAUAUAGUGUUUUCUGGGUCUGUAUCAGGAGAAAAGGAUGACACCAUUAAUCUAUUUUAAUGCACAAUUAGAAAGGGAUUCUCUGCAGCCUUGUGAUCCUGCUGAUGAUUAUUUCCAAUGUUUACUGUGCUCCUUCACUCCUGAUACAAUUCUUAUAAAGUGAAUAGACAUUUGAAAUACUUAAUAUAUAACUUUCAAGACAAUAAAUAAUUGUUAUUUAGACCAAAUGGAUAUAUGAGGUAAAGAACAAGAGCAGAAAAAUUUGCAAUUUAUAUACUUUGAAUUCCAUGAUUAAUCAUGUUGCAUUUCCCAAAAUGUUUCUUCAAAAGCAUUUAAUAUACUUGUGUGAGAUAUGACUUUUGAGUAAAGAUUUUUUUGACCUUUAAUUUAAAAAAAAUCAUGCUAUGUAGCACUUGCCAUCAGGGUGGCCAAUGGUGUAGCAAGCCAUAAUUGCUAGGAACUUGUUAGUAAUUUUAUUAUUUUGAUGUGGCAUUUUCUAAAAAUGAUUAUUGGCAAAUAUGAAGGUCUGUUAGAUAAAGGGUUUGGCUUAUUCCUCAUUUAGCUGCUUAAAAAUACAAUUCAGAACAGUCUGAUUUACUGCAAAAUUUUACUUUUAUCUUGGAGCACUUGCUGAUUAGUUCCUAAUGAUGUUUAAGUUUCCAAAACCGUUUGCCUGUUAAUUACUGUACAUAUUGAUUGUGCAAUUUCCAGAGAAUAGGUCAAGUAGUUAUAAAUGCCUAUUUAUUGCCACAUUGUAUUUUUAUACAGUUUUAAACCAUUUGUUAAUUUCUGCUUACCUUACUGUUAUGCUACAUAUUUGAUCCUAAAAAUAAAGUUCA